AUGAUCUGGUAUCUCCUUUAUCCCCUUCGAGGAACGACCGAAGCUCCCGUCCUCACACCUUCCCAUCCUCUACGCCGAGCCUUUGCGUGGUACGGCGCCUAUGCAACUCGUCACGUCAUCACCACACUUCUCAUCUCCACCGCCGUCGCCGCUGUUCUGAUUUAUCCCUUCCCUUUCCUCUAUACCACCGAUUUUACAAAUGGCGCCUCCAAUCUCCCGCACCAUGUCUGGACGCUGGCCCAGCCCAUCGAGAAAGCCGCCGUCGAGCCCGACGUCGUGAUGCGCUCCGUCUGGGUCCACGGGAGCUACAUGCAGGCCCUCGACCGCGAAGUCCUGCUAGGCGCCCUACAACUGCAGGAUGAACUUUUAGGCCCGACAGAGAACUUCGAUCCCCGCCGCCCCGGCCAACCUGCCAUCGAAGUGCGAGAUCAUAGCCUCGACAUGACACCCAAUGACCGUGACGCUUUCCAUGUCAUCAACGGAUUGACAAACCAGUCUUGGUUCUUCCACUCACCCCUGCAGUACUGGUACGGCUCACCUGAGCGUAUCAGCUCAGACACGGACAUCAUAUCCACCGUCAACGAGCGCAAGAGCCAGCCUACCUCCGUCAACACCACGCUCCGGCACUCCAUCGUUUUCAGUGGCAAGCAUUUCGAAGACCGGAGGUUGCUGGCCGCUGAUGCACUCGUCAUCACCCUCAUCCACUUGCGCGAUUCGCCCCCCAUGUCCAUCCAUGACACCAUCGUUCUGGCCCUGGCCUAUGGCUUGUCAAUGCUCUAUUUCUUCGCCGCCUAUCCCGUUGUUGUGCUUUCAAUGAGUCUUGAAAAUAUCUUUCGACUCAUCAAUGCCGUUAUUGCAACACCCUCAGAACACAGCACUAGCAGUCGCAUCGGACACGCCUUUGGCGACACGGCUCCCAUCGCCCUCGCGAGCUCUCUGCAAAAUGUGCUGAUUCUGUGGGCGCUCUCCAAGGUUGUUUCGCCGGGUGUCUCUGCCUUUUGCACUUUUGCCGCCGUUGCCAUCGUCUUUGACUUCUUCUACCUGUCAACAUUCUUCCUGUCGGUCCUGGGCGUAGAUGUAAGGCGCACAGAGCUCAGCGAGGCGCUAGACAAAGCAUCAUCCAGGGUCACUCGACGCCCGAGCGAGUCUGCCGCACGUGCCAGCUGGACCGACGCACUGCUGCAGGGGAAAAUUGCCAUGUCCACACGCAUUGCCGGCACCAUUAUCAUGGUCGGCUUCGUACUGGCUGCUCAGUGGCAUUUCUUCGAGAACCAGACAAUCCUCCGCGUGCUUGGUGGCCUGUUCCGCCUGUCAGACACCAAAUCGAGCUUGACUCAUCAGAAAGAGUCCUUGUUGGUGGAUAUACAUCAGGCCAGAAGUCCAACCUCCUGGCUUCGUCUUCAAGAUCACGAAACCGCUCGGGAGGUCAUCAGCGUCAUCAAACCAUGGGCGCACAGCUAUGUCGCCCAGGUAUAUGAUCCGCUCGUUUUUGUACUGAAAGGGGCCGAUCGAACACCUCAACAUCCUGAGCGACCUUUACUGCCAGCAUUGUACGACUUCAUUGAUCAUCACCUUGUUCGCUUCGUGGUGACUGUCAUACUCGUCCUCGCAGCCGUCCGCUUGUUUAUGAGCUAUCUUUUGUGGAAAGAGGAUGCAGAAUUCAAGUCGGGACAUGACUUCGACAAUGAGCCGCUGACGUCAGUUACAUCCCUGUCAAAGGGGCAUACCCUCGAUAUUGUCCUGAUGGCUGCUUCAGUCGACGGCCAUAUUGUAUCCGUCGGGCUUGACCGCUCGAUCCGCGUGUGGGAUGUUCGGGCUGGACAGGGGCAGUAUGCACUGGGCGAAUUUUCCGAGGCCCCAGAUCGCCUCUUCCCUGUCUCGGCCAUGGCUAUCAAUGAUGAAUGUUGUUGGUUGGCCCUUUUGUCGCCUUCAAAAGCUCAUCUCUGGCAUCUGACAGAGAAAAGAUGGGGUCCUUCGCUUCCCGUCGACCUUCAAGGCCACAAACUCCAAGCCUUCUUUUUCGGUCCUGCCACAACCAAUUCUUUACCCUCCUUAUUCGUGGUUCGCCGCAACGGCACCAUGAUGGAGCUUGCACUCCCAACUCAUACGGUGAAUGAUUUCGCUAUCUGUAGGAGCCCCUUGGUCUCCGUCAAGCCUCUCACCCAAUCAUCCAUGUCUGAUCGCGGCUCUCCUCUUUCUGUUUUGACGGCAUCUAAAAAGGGCUGCAUACAUGUGGCCAAACAACAAGACCAAGGUUGGACUUCCGUGAGCCUUGACAUGCACUCGCUCGAGGACCGAGAUGCUUCUCAGGUCGUACCACUUCCAGGUCUGGACUGUUUCCUCGUGGCACGACAGCACUCGGUUGACCUAGUCGACGGCAAGACGUAUCGGCUUCUGCACGUAUUCGAGACAGGUCCCAUUCAACCCCAGACGCUACGAGCUUUCCACUCAGCUCGAAGGAAACCACAAUGCGGAUCUGUCGGGCUCAUCUCGUUCGGCCUUGCGUACAACGACAACAACACCGGUGAUUGCGUCAUCCAGACCUAUUCACCCAAGGAAGACGGCGAUACCAUUUGCUUCCGCGACUCAAGUGCCCCGGCAAGUCGAAGCUGUUGCAAGUGGCGCGAUACGAUCAUGUCACAGAGGCGUAUCAACAACCCAGGCACGUGGGAGGCUCUGUCAGGUGGCUUCAUCGUUGGCGUACGCCGUGAUCAGCCCCUUCCCGCCCGGUACAGUCCUGACUCGUCGCCCACGACCCAGGGCCUGCGCCGGCGUAUCUACAGCUUCCGACAAGACGACAGGCCCGGCUUGAAGUUGGAUAAGUGGGAAAUAUGGGUCGCUUCACACUCGGGCCGGCACGACGUUUACGAGACAAUGCCGCUGCACUCUGACGACGAGAUGGGCGGCUGUCUCAUGAUCUCGGAGCUGGGGCCGAUGGUCAAGGUCGGCACGGCCUCUGUUGUCGUUGGCUUCGGGACCAUUCUCAAGCUUAUCACUGUCGGGCACGAACACUUUGAGGAUGGCCACUUUGCUGCCAAGGGCCAGGAACUGCUGAACAUCGGCAGUCGGCGACGGAAGCCGGGGGCUGGGACUUUUAGGGCCAGGGCCAACGCGUGGGACAAGAGCCAGUAA